AUUUUGCUCAAUUAACUCAACUAGGUUAACUCAAUUAGGCUUAGGAAGAGCAUUAUCUGUAAACUACUAGGUACUUGAACAUCAUUUGUUCGUCCAAACGACACUACUCUUCAUCUUCAGCAACUAAGAACGACGUCUACAUCUACGGUUAGAACGACAUCAUGGCAUCUGGAUACGGUCUCCAGGGAGGCCAGUCGCGGUGUUUUCCAUUCUGGCAGGAAGUGCUGGCUUGUUAUGUAGUCAACACGUCUGCCGAGGACGAUUCGGGCAAGAAAAAAUGCUCUCCCGUGCUAGAGGAUUACUAUGAAUGUUUACAUCACAAAAAGGAGGCUGCGAGAGUAAAAGCAUUGCAAGCUGCAUAUCGAAAGGCCGAAUCCUCUUCAGCAAGGGAAAAUGCACCGAACGCUGGUCAGAUAAUGAGCUUAGGCCUACUGGGCAAGGAGGAAGAUACCAAACAGGUACUCGGCGGGUAGUCCCAAUAUCUUGUCCGAAAACCCAACACAACACAACCAACCGUGUACUUCUUAGAGAGCUCUAGUAUAUGACUGAAAGCACUAAAGCAAUGAGAAUGAGAAUUACUAUGAGGGACUGUUCAAUAGCUUUGUUGGAUCCAUGGAUGUUUUCUAAUACUCGUGUAUUUACGUAUAUCUCGAUAGUUUUUGUAGGUAUUUAUGGGGUAGGCAAGUAGGUAUCAACCGCAUCAUUCGAGAUCAAGAUAACACCGUAUUCCAUCUACUUUGGGUUAUAUUGGUUGGCAUGGGAGUCAUAUGCAUCAUGCACCAAUUUGAUGCCUUUGGUUCUGCACCAAGUUAUUUGAAAG